AUGGCGGGCGUCUCGAAGAAGAAAGAAGCAGACACAGCCAAACCAGUUUGUCAAUACGGUAGCAAAUGUUACCGCAAGAACCCACAGCACAUAAAGAAUUAUAGACACCCAGGGCAUGACGACAAUGAAGAAAAAAAGGCUGAAGAGGUUUCAAAGCCAGAGAACUUGAAGCCUGACAAGAAAAGAAAAGCUGCAACGAUUGAGACAUUUUUGGGGAAACCCUCACGCUCACAUACAGUCUCUGACUCAGAUUCAGAGGGAGAGCAUGCAGAUCGACCCUCUACAAAGAAAGUCAAAACCGAUAUACAAUCUCAGGUGGUUGCAAAGGAAUUAAAAUUGUCUACAGAAAGUACAGAUGAGGAUGAUAUGAGCAAAGAAAGUGUGGAGGAAAAGGAGGAAUAUACCGAAGAUGACGACAGUCUUCCUGCGUCGCCUGAGGAUGAGAAAGAAAACAUCAAGCAGAAGUUUCUUGUGGAGAUGCCAGACGAUUUUUAUCAAUUUUGGGAGUUCUGUCAGACAUUACAACCUAGCAAUCCUACACGUGCUCUAGAGGAAUCCUUAAAUCUGAUUUUGGUGGGGCCAUUCGACAUUCUUUCUGGGAGACAUAAACAUGUUCGAAAAAAUAAACAUGGCCGGAGACCCAAUUUUCUUCUUCACUAUAGAUAUUUUUACGACCCCCCGGAAUUCCAGACAGUGUUGGCCUCAGACGAGAAGUCCAAGUUUCACCUGGGCUACUACAGGGAUGAUCCCAAGGAGAAACCAGCAUUUGUAGCUAGCAACUCACCAGGGAGCGCCUCCCCAGAGAAAAUCAACCCUUGUGGGGACAAUCUGUUUGCAGCAGUUUACAUUUAUGCCAGUAAGCUUCUAAAAUCAAGUUCAGGCAAGACAAAAAAAUGCAUCGAACAGCUCAUCAAGUCGUUAGAAGUGGAAGCCAAGAAGCAGAACUUAUCACUUUCCGAGACAACGAAAAACAUGAAGGACAGAAAGAAGAAGGUUGUGUGUCCUACCUUUCACGGAGCAGGUAUUGUUGUCCCAGUAGACAGCAACGAUGUGGGCUACCGGCCUGUUCCUGAGACUCCAG